UUUCAAAAUAACGUUGUUUAAAUACACAUGACAUGGUGUAAAAUAUUAACUUCUUUUCUUACAGUAGUAAAUGUUUUAGUGAUUUUCACUAUCCAAAAUUUGUUGUGUUCCUGGUUUGUAUUAAUGCAGUGUGGCCCUAAAGCCAUUCGAAGUGGUUAUUAUAUUUGUAUAUAUUUGAUUUAAUCUGUGUUCUUAAGAGGAUUAAUUUAAUUAAAAAAAGAUGGUGGAAGGGAUUGUUGCAAAAACAGACAAGGCAGAAUUGAAAGAAUGCUGGAAAAUGAUAUGGAAAAAUCCUUACAUUAUGAGACUUGCACUCUCCGCUGGAAUUGGCGGAUUUUUGUUCGGUUAUGAUACAGCUAAUAUAUCCGGGGCUCUGCUUUACAUUCGAGACGACUAUGAAUCGGUUAACAAGAGUACAUGGCUACAGGAGACAAUAGUGAGCACAACAGUACUAGGAGCUAUAAUAGGAGCAGCAUGUGGAGGUUACAUGAACGAUAGAAUUGGGAGGAAGAAGUCUAUUUUAUUAGCCGAUAUCAUAUUCUUCAUGGGAGCAAUGGUGAUGGCCAUUGCUCCAAAUCCGGGCGUUAUAAUCGUCGGCAGAAUACUUGUCGGUUUUGGAGUCGGAAUUGCAUCAGUAACUUCACCUCUUUACAUUUCCGAAACUUCGCAUGCCAAAAUUCGAGGCGCUCUUGUUAGCAUUAACGGUUUGCUGCUUACUGGCGGUCAAUUUCUGGCUUACCUAAUUAAUCUUGCUUUUACAAGGGCCCCUGGAACUUGGCGUUGGAUGCUUGGGGUGGCUGGCAUUCCUGCUCUGCUACAGCUUUUUCUCAUGCUAUCACUUCCGGAGUCCCCGAGAUGGCUCUAUAGAAAGAAAAAUGUAGAUGAAGCGAGAAAAAUCUUGGCGAAAAUAUACCCUUCGGACGAAGUUGAUAAGGAGAUGGCCGCCUUAGCUGCAUCAAUCGAAGCUGAAAAAGCAGACGAAGCAUUUACGGGUGAGGACAUGAUCUCUAAAGUUCGAGGCGCAUUUAAAAACACAGUAGUUCGCAGGGGACUUUACGCAGGUAUCGCAGUACAAGUUGCUCAACAAUUUGUGGGUAUCAACACAAUUAUGUACUAUGCUCCAACCAUCGUACAAUUCGCUGGAUUCGCUUCGAAAACAAUGGCGUUAUCUCUUUCGCUAAUUACUUCGGGAUUAAAUGCGUUGGGCACUAUUAUUAGUAUGGGCUUUGUUGACAGAUUUGGAAGGAGGAAGUUGAUGAUAUUUUCUAUGAUUGGGAUUAUUGUUUUCCUUGUGGCUACUUCUGUUGUGUUCAUUGAAGCUUCGAAUCAUGCCCCGAAAAUUAGCUCUUUAGAGUCUGCACAUUUUGGUGCAAAUUCAACUUGUCCGGCGUAUGUUUCGGCCUCUGAUGCAUCAAAAUGGAACUGCAUGUCCUGUUUAAAAGUGCAUUGUGGUUUCUGUUCCAAUUCUGCAAGCAUUUAUCAUCCUGGAGCUUGUAUGGCAUCAACAAAGGGUUUAAGAAGUGCAUGUGGGGAACAACAUAGAGUGUUUUUUGAGCAAGGUUGCCCAAGUAGAUUCGGAGUUCUAGCAGUUAUACUCCUCGCACUAUACAUAAUCUUUUACGCAUUCGGUAUGGGCACCGUACCAUGGAUAGUCAACUCCGAAAUAUACCCGUUACGAUAUAGAGGCAUCGGUGGAGGAAUUGCUGCGGUAUCAAAUUGGGUGUCGAAUUUGAUUGUCAGCCAAUCUUAUUUAACUCUCAUCGAACAUCUAGGCGCCGGAGGCACGUUUUCGCUGUUUGCCGGAGUUUCUUGCAUUAGUCUCGGGUUCAUUUAUCGAUUUGUUCCCGAAACUAGAGGACUUAAGUUUGAAGAAGUUGAGAAGAUGCUUGAGAAAGGGUACAAGCCAAGAAUGUGGUGCUGGGGUAGAAAGCAUGAACAAGAGAACAGUGUUGAUUCUGUGUAAUCUGAUUAUGGGGGUUUAUUAUAUUUAUUGCAUAAGAAAUGCUAACGAUAUCAAUGAAGGAUUUAAGUAUCAAUUUACCCCUUACCUUGCAUCCAAUUAAUUGUUAACGCUAAAUUCAUUUUAAUUAGUUAAUUCUAGAAAUUUGUCAAUUUUUAUCGAUUA